CCCCUCUCCCAUCUUUAUCCUUCUCUCUUUUUCUCUGCAAGAAUUUCAAACAAUAUUUCAAAGCAUAAAGACUCUUUCUUUAUGGCUCUAUCUAUAUCUCUCGCCUGAAACUCUCUGUAGUCUUCUCUCUUCUCUCUCAUUCUCUCCCCAUUUUCGCUGUUCUUGCUCUGGGAACGGUACCUAGAGCUGGGAAAGAAGUCUACAAGAAAGCAUAGAGAAACGCAAAGAAAGCUUCAUUUUCAAUUUGCAAUUAAAAACCGCUGCUAGGGUUUGAUUUUAAAAGCAGGAUGUCAAACCAGAAUCGUCGUUCGUCGUUUUCUUCCUCCACGACAUCGUCGUUGGCGAAGCGGCAUGCGUCAUCCUCGUCGUCGGAGAAUGUGGGGAAGCCUACUUCCCUGCCUCCACAUUUGGCCAAGAAGCGCGCGCCUCUCGCUAACUUGACCAAUCUAAAGAAUGUGCCUCACGCUGCUUCACGGAACUCUCUGCCAUCAUCAACUCUGGUACCUGGUGCAACUAAAAUCGCUAAGACAAACAAGGAACCCACCUCAUCGAACGUGAAAUCAAGUGCAGUUGUGUUCCCUGAGGUCAGCUCAUUUACACAAAAGGAUGAAGCUGUUCCUACAGUUGCAGCUUUCACCGUUCCAGUUUCUACCAACUUCAAUGCAAAAUCAAGUGCCAUUGAUUUUCCCAAGUUUGCUCCUGUUCCACAGAAGUUCGAAGCUGCUCCUUCAGUUUCCAACUCCUCCGUCCCUCUUGCAAGCAGCAUGGAUGUUUCUCCUUGUAAAUCAGAUGGCAUGUCUGUCUCUCUGGACGAGACCAUGUCUACUUGCGACUCAUUCAACAGUCCUGAAGUUGAAUAUAUGGACAAUAACGAUGUUUCAGCUGUUGACUCUAUUGGUAGAAAGACAUUGGACAUUCUAAACAUCUCCGAUAAUACAGAUAGAACAAUAGGCAACAUUUGUAACAGAGACAUUCUUGUUGAGCUGGAGAGAGAAGACAAAAUUGUCAAUAUCGAUAAUAAUUACGUGGAUCCACAGCUCUGUGCGACCUUUGCUUGUGACAUCUACAAGCAUUUGCGCGUAUCUGAGGCAAAGAAAAGGCCGUCUACAGAUUACAUGGAGAGAGUUCAAAAGGACAUAAAUCCCAGCAUGCGUGCUAUAUUGAUUGACUGGCUUGUAGAGGUGGCUGAAGAGUACCGGCUUGUGCCUGAUACAUUGUAUUUGACAGUGAACUACAUAGAUCGGUAUCUUUCAGGGAAUGCCAUGAACAGGCAAAAAUUGCAAUUACUUGGAGUUGCCUGCAUGAUGAUUGCCUCUAAAUAUGAGGAGAUUUGCGCGCCUCAGGUGGAAGAAUUCUGCUAUAUAACUGAUAACACGUACUUCAAAGAGGAGGUUUUGCAAAUGGAAUCAGCGGUGUUGAAUUUUCUGAAAUUCGAAAUGACAGCCCCAACAACCAAAUGUUUCUUGAGACGAUUCGUUCGCGCAGCUCAAGGAGUGAAUGAGGUCCCGUCAUUGCAACUAGAUUGCCUGGCCAACUACCUUGCCGAACUGUCUCUCUUGGAGUACAGCAUGCUUUGUUAUGCCCCAUCACUUAUAGCUGCUUCUGCAAUUUUCCUCGCCAAAUAUCUACUCUUCCCUUCGACCAAACCCUGGAAUUCCACAUUGCAACAUUAUACACUUUACCAGCCUUCUGAUCUGUGUGACUGCGUGAGGGAUCUCCAUCGUCUGUGUUGCAACACCCAUACUUCUAAUUUACCCGCAAUCCGAGAGAAAUACAGUCAGCACAAGGUGGAAUUCUUGCUGGCAUGUUUUUCAGUUCGUUUGUUUCAUAGUAAUAAUCUGUUUGCUUCGAUACCUUACUUGGAUUUCAUUCUUGUUUCAGUACAAAUAUGUGGCUAAGAAGUAUAUUCGUCCAUCAAUACCUCAAGAAUUUUUUCAGAGUUGAGCACAGAGGAAUCCACCUUAAUUUCCAAUUCACCGUUGGAUAGGCUUAGUUAGUAGCUUGACAUGACUAGACUAAGCGUAAGUGUAGGAAUCUUCUUGCUUUCCUCCAUCCAACUGUAUAAUGAAGUUUUUACCUUACCCCAAUCUGAUCUCAGUCUUUUUGUAGAAGAGCUAAUAUUAAUGUGCAUUGUACUGGGGAUUCUGUUGAUUCCCCAUAAUCUACCAAGCAAAAUAAACACUUGUAUUAUUUAUGAGCAGAUGACGCCGUUCAUCAUUAAGUAACACCACCAACAAACAAUACCCAACUACAGAAACUGUCCGAUUUACUAGCGAUACAACUAUCCAUAUUCUAACAUAUGAGAUAAUACCCAACUUAGCAGUUCAAGAUGGCAGGCUGGUUAUAUACAUGAAAAAAAAAAGUUAAAAAAAAAAAACUUGUAAACUAAA